GGGAGGUGCACGUGUCCCGUGUGAAUUGUGCGCGUACAAAAGGCAUUUCCUCAAUAAAAUCGCGCGUGGAAUCACUUAUAGAGUGGAUUUUUGAUCGUGCCCGUGGGAUUGUGGUGACUCGCGUGCUGUUAACCCGAGGGGUUGGUGUCAGAGAAACAAAUGAAGGGAAAUGUGGUCGAAACACAGGGGUAGACAUCCAGACAUCUAACCAUGACCUCAGAGGAACCUAUAGAUGUUGCUAAAAAAGCCGACGACAAAUCCAACAAGACGAAAUUCGACGCAGUAGACCCACGGAAACAACAAGAUAAACAGAAGCGUUCGACGGAACUGAUGCAACUCGUCUACGAGAUUCCUGUCGAGAUAGACGAGGUUAUAUCAUUUACAGACGAAAUAGACAACAACAAUAUGCACAAAGAAAACCCACCGAUAACUAUAGUUGAGAUUUCAGAAGUGAACGGUGAUUCUAAUACAGAUUGCGAAUAUUAUAAGGACAUAGAUGAUUUAGGUAACAAAGUGGUGUAUGAUGUUUUAACAACCAACGAACUAUUGAUGCAGUGUAAUGAAGAAAGAUCGUCCCCAGACGAAUGCACGGAAGACGAUCUAUUAGAACUGAAAUCUAUAUUGGAAAGCAAGCCUAAAUUACUGGAGAAGUAUAUAAAGGAGGUUGCUAGUCAGGAUGAGGUGAAUAGGUUGCAUAAUUUGACGUCAUGUGGUACGUUGUCCCCAAGGCCACAUCAUGAAGCCAGGAGUACGUCGGUUACGUCAGAUCUGUUCCAACUAUGGCUGUCGUCGUCACCUGUUAAGCGGUCCCGGUCGCCCAGCGCGUCGGCGCGGCAGCUGGAGGAGGCGGACCUGUUCAUGGACCUCAUCAAGGACGUCGCCAACGAGCUGGACAUCGACGUGCUGUGCCAUAAGAUCCUAGUCAACGUGUGUCUCCUGACAUCAGCUGAUCGAGGCAGCUUGUUUCUCGCAAAGGGUACACCUCCAGAUCGCUACCUCCAGGCCAAGCUGUUCGAUGUGACCAGAGAUACAGAACUGAACGAUGCUCUCCAGAUCGCUAGGAGCCAGGAGAUCAAGAUACCGUUUGGAGUGGGUGUAGCGGGGCUGGCCGCGCAGACCAAACACCAUAUUAACAUCAAAAACGCUUACUCAGAUCCCAGGUUCAACAGUGAGAUAGAUGCCAGAACUGGCUACAAGACGGAGUUGAUCCUGUGCAUGCCGAUAUGUAACUACGAGGGGGACGUGGUCGGCGUGGCGCAGAUCAUCAAUAAGACUGAUGGCUCCAAGGAAUUCUCACCCCGUGACGUGGAAGUCUUCCGGCGGUACCUCACCUUCUGCGGCAUCGGAAUCCAAAACGCGCAGCUGUUCGAGACCAGCGUCCUGGAGUACAAGAGAAACCAGAUCCUGCUGGCGCUGGCUCGGAGCAUCUUCGAGGAGCAGAGCAACCUGGAGUGCCUGGUCACGAAGAUCAUGACUGAGGCCCGGGAGCUGCUCAAGUGCGAGCGGUGCGCCGUCUUCAUCCUGGACACGGACCACUGCGAGUCGAGCCACCUCGAGCGCAUCGUCCAGCGGCCUGGGGGUCGCAAGAGCGGCACCCUGGCUUUACCGCCGCCCGCGCCGACGAGAUUUCACACCCUGUUCGAGUUGGGAGCGCACCACUCCCGGACUACACUCACACCGCGACACGACUAUAGGUCGACGCUGGCGUGUAUCGCUUUGGCGGUAGCCCAAUCCAAUAAAGCCCUAAACAUUUCUGACGUGAACGACUGGAGGCGGCAGAACAAUAUGGUCGUGGAGAGCGAAGUGACAGAUGAUGCCGCUAAUGUCAGAACUAUGCUGUGUAUGCCGAUUGUAAACGCCAAUAAGGACGUUAUUGGCGUGGCGCAGUUGAUAAAUAAGGAGAACGGCUGUCAAUUCACGGACGGGGACAUAUCAAUAUUCGAGGCGUUCGCGAUAUUCUGCGGACUCGGCAUACACAACACUCAGAUGUAUGAAAACGCCUGCAAACUCAUGGCUAAACAGAAGGUAGCUCUGGAAUGUCUGUCGUACCACGCCACCGCAUCAACAGAAGACACGAGUCGACUCAGUCAGGAUGUUAUCCCCUCUGCAGAGACUUACAACCUGUACAGCUUUCAUUUCCAUGAUUUCGACUUAUCAGAUGAAGACACGUGCAGAGCGACCAUCAGAAUGUUCCUACAGUGCAACCUGGUUGAGAAGUUCCACAUACCUUACGAUGUCCUCUGCCGUUGGACUUUAAGCGUCAAGAAGAACUACCGUCCAGUCAAAUAUCACAACUGGAGGCACGCUCUAAACGUCGCACAAACCAUGUUCGCCAUGCUGAAAACAGGGAAUAUGGAGAGAUUCAUGACGGAUCUGGAGAUCCUAGGUCUCCUAGUAGCGUGUCUAUGCCAUGACCUAGACCAUAGAGGCACUAACAACGCGUUCCAGACGAAGACAGAAAGUCCUUUGGCGAUUUUGUACUCGACGUCCACAAUGGAACAUCACCAUUUCGACCAGUGUGUUAUGAUUUUGAAUAGCGAGAGCAAUAAUAUUUUCCAGGCUCUCUCUCCCUGCGACUACAAGGAUGUGAUGAGAGUCGUGGAAACGGCAAUUCUCUCUACGGACCUGGCGAUGUAUUUCAAGAAAAAGUCCAAGUUUCUGGAGCUGGUAGAGAAUGGAGAGUUCGACUGGCAGAGCCGGGAGAAGAAGGAAUUGCUGUGCGGCAUGAUGAUGACAGCAUGCGACGUAUCCGCCAUCGCCAAGCCGUGGGAGGUGCAGCACAGGGUCGCCAAGCUGGUAGCCGACGAGUUCUUCGACCAGGGAGACCUAGAGAAGCUGCAGCUUAACCAGCAGCCCAUGGCUAUGAUGGACAGGGAGAAGAAAGAUGAGCUACCUCAGAUGCAAGUUGGCUUCAUCGACAUGAUCUGCCUGCCUCUCUACAAGGCGCUAGCAGAUACAUUCCCCUGGAUCUCACCGCUAUAUGUCGGGACUGCUGACAACAGGCGUCGGUGGCAAGAUCUGGCGGAGAAGGUAGAGAUGGGUCUGACGUGGAUCGACCACGACACCAUCGACAAACCCAUUGAGGAGUUCACAGCCCUUAACGAGCCAAUCAAAGACGUGGAGCUGACAGUCCAGACCCUGAACUGCGUGCGGCCGGUGACGGAACCCAGCGGAACCCUACUCAAGCCCAUCAAGAACUCCUUCAGCUCGCUCCGAAGGGGCAAAAGUGGGAGUUAUUCUAGACCUAACAGGAGUAAACUAACACGAUCAAUGUACGCCAUGCCGAGUUCUCGCGAUGAGAAGAAGUCUCCUGUUGUAGACAAGAGAGAGAGCCCGGAGCAGGAGAAGACGUCGCAGAGCAGCAAGACAUCGAAGACUAAAGGACGGGGUAAUCACUCCAGUACUGAUAAGCCGGACCGAAUUAAGCCGUCCAAAUCAACUUCCACCGACUAAGAACGAAAGAAAUCCUAUAAUACGACAAAUUUAAUACUUGCACGGCGAACUGUGAAAUUUUUGAUCCUUGUGUCACUAGGAUCAAAAAUUUCGCAGUGUUCUUAUACGAGUAUAUGUGAAGUUGUAAUAUUUUUGGACAUUCUGUUAUCAUGGAUUGCAACACUUUAUUUUUUUUUCGUGCACUUUGGCUGAGGAAACGUCAAAAUGACAGAGUAGUGUGCUCCCACCAUUUUGAUACUCGAACGAGACGCCGGUUUUGUUUUUUUAAGAAAUUGUUGUUUUGAAUAUUGGUGAAACCAAAAUGCUUGUAAAUAAUUCGACAUUUAAUAUUUUUCAAUAGCCCUGGCUAUGAAUUUUUGUGACAUUUGCAAAUUAAUUUAGAAAAAAAUUGUAACCAACACAAAAUCUGCUAAAACCGAUUACAUAAUAUAGGUUAAAGAACGUAGGUAUUAUAAUAUUAUAUUCUAAAAGUUUUUAUUUAACAAAUGUCGUAAAAUUUCAAGGCAUUUUUAAUUCUAAAUGUAUGUAGAAAUUGUAGAACCUAGAAAACUGGAUACACCUUAGAUUAUCAUAAUCAUUUGAAGUCUUUUCUAAUAUCUGUGUCAAUUUGAUAGUAUGGUUGUAUAGAUAAGUGACUAGAUAAAUAAUUAAUUACAUUCAUACAUUGCUACAUUUCAACAAAAGUUGACUUGAUAAGACUUUAUGGUAUU